AUGCUGCCAUUGAGUCAACCUUACUUCACAGGGGCAUUCCUGCUGCUGGUGGUAUCAAACUUGAUUUUGUGGGAGAAAACUUCAUCAGUUCCUGCAUGUCAAACAGAAGGGGACGUCUGUUCAGAUCCCCUUGUGAUCACAUUUAACAAUGCCAUCCAGCGAGCUGAAGUCAUCCAAAUUCUUGCUGAGAAAUUGCAUGAAGAGUUUUAUAACAGCCCAUUCUCAUCUAGACAAUUUGCAACACUUGUUUCACGCAUGAAUAGGCAUGAUGAAGAAGUUGUCAGAGCCAGAAAUUACUGCCACUCUAACGUCACAAACCCGCCACAUCAUGGUCCUGAAUAUGAAAGUAUCAAGACAAAAAAGUAUUUAAAAAUGAUGAUCGAUUUUAUGGAUUCAUGGGUCAACCCUAUUUUCUAUAUGGUGGAGGUACUGAGUGGCAUGCAAAAUGUCCCUGAAUCUAUCUUCUCAAAAUUUCAGCUGAUAGAGCUGAAAAUAAAUGAAAUCAGUAAGGACCUUAUGUGGAUCCUUCAAAAGGUCUAUCCUAAAACAAAAUGGUGGGAUAAAGUUAUCUUUUGGGAAUAUCUUCCAGGCCUAAGAUCAACUGAAAAAAGUAAAAAGUUUUUGGCAAUGUUCAACAUUUCUCACUGCCUACGCUUUGAUGCAUUCUACAUGAAAUUUCAUCUCCAAACACUCAUGUGUCGCAUAACUGGGAAAGAGUGCUAA